ACGAAGAAGACCAACUUCCGGCCCUGACCGGAAAUAAACAACAGCAGACAAGCCCAGAGGAGGGAAGCAGAACUAGCUGAGAUAAGAAGAGCUGCUGGAGCAAAACACAUUCAUACCUCGUUGGUUGUUUAGGUGUUUUGUGUGCAGCAGCUGAGCACACAGUGAUCAUCUCCAUCAUCAUGAUGACGACCAAGAGACUGGACAACUUCGAGGUGGUGUGUGAGUGGGCUUCAUGCAACUACAAGGGCCACACCAUGGAGGAGCUGAGCGACCAUAUGUCAGUGCAUUUAAAGGAUUACCUGGGAGAUAAUGAUGCACUAGAGGAGCUGGAGGAGUAUGCUUGUCUCUGGAAAGGAUGUGUAUUUCUAUCCAUGGGUAGCCCCGCGGAGCUGGAGGUCCACGCUUACUUCCACAACUACCAUGGUAAACUCAAGUUUGUCGGGUCACAGCUGCUUAAGUCCCGUCCCGAUCUGCCCAGCUGCAACCAAGGCUUACACAGCAACAACCUGGUUCCUGAAGGAUCAGACGGAUACGUUUGCCAGUGGGAGCACUGUGAUAGUACAUUUAACAAUCCUGAGUGGUUCUACCGACAUGUGGACAAUCACGUUGAAAGUGCUGAGCCACAGACUCUCCCACAACAACUACAGGCUCUCUUCUGCCACUGGGCAGGCUGCGACGCUUUCUUCAAAAUCAAAUACCGUUUGAGAGAACACAUGCGGAGCCACACUCAGGAGAGACUUGUCGCCUGUCCCACAUGUGGCAGCAUGUUCUCCAGCAACACAAAGCUGUUCGACCACCUACACAGACAGGCCGAGCCAGUAGAGUCGCUGGUAUGUGAACAUUGUGGCAAGGCUUUUUCCAGCGAGAGGCUUUUGAGGGAUCACGUUCGUCAGCAUGUGAAUCAGGUGAAGUGUCCGUUCUGUGACAUGACCUGCACCACUUUGGCAGCUCUGAAGAUCCACAUCAGGUUCCGCCACUGUGAUGAACGGCCCUUCCCAUGUGACUUCUGCGACAAGAGAUUUAAGAACCAGCCCGAUCUGCAAAAGCACACAGAGGUUCACAAUGAGGGCGCUGUGUAUCACUGUACAGUGCAGGGUUGUGAUUAUUCGUGUCACACAUUUCCAACCAUGAGCCACCACUUCAAGAGAGUGCACGAGGUCGGGGGGAUGUCUAAGUAUAAAUGCCAUAUCUGUGAUAAGGUCUUCUCCUGGUGUUACACUCUCACACUUCACCUUCGCAAGAAGCAUGAGCUGAAGUGGCCCUCUGGACAUUCCCGCUUUAGAUACAGGAAGGACGUCGACGGCUUCCUAAAAGUAAACAUGGUGCGCUUUGAGACUGUGGAAGUGACGAAGGAGAUCAUGAAGAACAUGGCCAAAAAGCCGCAGAGCCUUCGGAAAAGUCAGAGGACCAGCGUCCGCAACAAGAGGGCCGCGGUCACGCCGGAGAGCGGCCGGAGCUCUCCCGCGGGAUCCUCCUCGCCCUCCUCCAGCUCCUCCUCCUCGUACUCUUCAGAGCUCUCUGGAGGCGAGGACGUCUCGUCCCAGCCCAGCCCCAGAGGCAGUGACUCUCCCGUCUACUGUGUCAUGAGCACCAUCCCUCACAUUGAGGAGGAGCCUGGAGGAUUAUCUCAGGAGGACUGUGACGGCAGUGGGACAUCUGGAGCGGUCCAGGCCCUGACGGAGGUCGCGAGGGGCCUGGGCAUGGACGUGGUGUGAUUCUUCCUGCACGCUGCACCGCACCGUCAUAUUUGCUCUUGUAGUUGUCAUGCAGUGAAACUGGUUUGCCUCUUGUAGUAUAUUUUGCCGUGGAGCUGCCAGUGGAGACCGGCUAGCCGAAGCUUUCUCGUCAGUGUUUCUAGUGUUGUUACGUUGAGAUGGUUAUCCCCGCACUGGUUUUGAAGACCACGCUUGCAUUAUAGCAGCUUUUAUUAACUCUAAUGCCUCAGCUUGGCUUUGUGACGUCUCCCGCCUGUGGGAUUUCCUGCUAAUCCUGUUAAUAUUUCUGACAAGCUUACAUGAAUGAGAGGAGUUAAAAGCACUACAAAGCUCGUUCUUCUUCUUCUUCUUCUUCUUCUUCCUUGUUGUUCUUUACGUGUUCUUUACACACCGUGUUCCAUUGUAUGUGAUAUUACCAUGAUGUUGUUCGACAGAGGAUUUCAGAAGACAUUAUUUUUUUAUUAUUGUAGCCUUGGAAUGUCACUUAAUUUUAUUGUUGCAAAUUUUGAAUACAUUUUUGAGACUAAA